AUGUUUCGCUCCUUAGGAUUGUUCGUGGGUCUUAUGUUGGUUGUGGGGGUGGCUAAUGCUGUGCCUUCCACCUCCAACUUUGAUCAACUUUUCCAACCAAGUUGGGCUCUUGAUCACUUCGUUCAUGAAGGAGAUCUCCUCAAACUCAAACUUGACAAUUAUUCCGGGGCUGGUUUUGGAUCCAAAAGCAAGUAUAUGUUUGGGAAAGUGACCAUCCAGCUUAAGCUGGUGGAGGGUGACUCUGCCGGGACUGUCACUGCUUUCUAUAUGUCAUCGGAGGGUCCAAACCACAACGAGUUUGAUUUUGAGUUUCUGGGCAACACCACAGGGGAACCGUACUCAGUCCAAACUAACGUGUAUGUGAACGGAGUGGGCAACAGGGAACAGAGGCUUAACCUUUGGUUCGAUCCCACCAAGGAUUUCCACUCAUAUUCUAUCUUCUGGAAUCAACGUCAAGUUGUGUUUUUGGUGGAUGAAACGCCAAUAAGGGUGCACACAAACAUGGAGCACAAGGGAAUUCCAUUUCCCAAAGACCAACCCAUGGGUGUUUACAGUUCUAUAUGGAAUGCCGACGAUUGGGCCACGCAGGGUGGUCGUGUGAAGACGGAUUGGAGCCACGCACCAUUCUUUGCCACCUAUAAGAACUUCGAAAUCAAUGCCUGUGAAUGUCCUGUGUCAGUGGCUGCAAUGGAUAACACUAAAAAGUGUACCAGCGGUGAGGGUAAGAAGUAUUGGUGGGACGAGCCAACUUUGGCUGAACUCAACUUGCACCAGAGCCACCAGCUUAUGUGGGUUAGAGCCAGACACAUCUUCUAUGACUAUUGCUCUGACACUGCUAGGUUCCCUGUCACGCCAGCUGAGUGUGUCCAUCACCGUCACAACUGA